CUCUAGGUGAACUUUGGCUUACACAGGGCAAAGAUGGAAGCUGACAAAUCCCUGCUGUCAGCAGAACUGAAUGUAGAGAUGGAGGACGCGCUCUAUGAACACAUGCUGCUGAAGGCAAAGCAAGAAAUACAAAAUAGGCUACCAAUUCAACAGGGAUCAAAACAAAUCCGACCCCAGCCAGGUUUUUGCAUAAAAACUCGCACAUCUAAAAAUGAAAAGAUCUUCAUUAACAUCUGUAAGUCAAAUCAAAUCCCAGCACCCCCCGACCUCAGUGAGCAGGAGCUAGUCAGUAUCUUGGAAUCAGAUGAUCCCUCUGGAUAUCGUGUCCCAAUGAGCAUUGGAGAACCCCAUGUUGAAGUAGACAAUAGUGGAAGUGGUUGCACAGCCUAUGACAUUGUAAUAAACAGUUCUUUCUUUGACAAGAUUAAGCGUGGGGUUGUUGAUAUCACAGUGGCAAUGGAAGGCUUGGAAAACAAAUAUGCAACGGAGCUUUCUAGAGAAUGGCGUAUGCUCAAAAAUCGAAAGUUCAUGGGAUCCAUAUUUGAUCAAAAUAUAAGAACAACAUCCAAACCUAUGAUUCAAGAAAUGAAACCAAAGUCCUUACAGUCAACUGCAAGCAAGUCUCUUAUUUCUGAAGUCACAAGCUCACCAGAGGUACCAGAAUAUACAAUUAUUGCAGAACCUUCUGGGGGACAUCCAAGCUUUCUUGUGGCUGAAAUCUCUUUGCCUAGAGUGUCCUCUGUCAGAUCCCUUGUACUAGACCUUGGAGAAGACCAAAUUGUAUUAUUGGGACGUCCUGAUUUGUAUCAUAUGGAUAUCUUUAUUCCCUACAAUAUUAUCCAGGAGGAAAGUGGUGCUCAGUUUAACAAAGACACAAAGGUACUGACUAUAACAAUGCCGGUUCAACCAGCAUAGUGCGAAGCUGUUGGAGGUGUGGCUUUUAAAAUCCAUCUAUAUUAUUGAUCCAGUGGAUCCAGAUUGGAGAUGUUGGACUCUACUUUACUACUUUGUACUUCAUAACAACAUGUUCUUUGGCUUCAAGUCAGUUUGGGCUUAAAUGCAUCUGAAAUAUUUGUG